ACCCCCCAAAGCUCCCUAGUGGGACCCCCUGCUGUGCUCUGAGACCUCCCCCCCUCCCAGGGGCUGAGCCCUCACUCUCCCCUGCCCCCACAUGCAGCCCCUGCUCCUGCCCCAUCCGCUCAGGGACAGAACUAUGCCUCCUAGGCUGGGCGGGUGGCAUGUAGCAGGAAGGGGAGUCGAGUGCCAGCCCAGAGCCACCACCCUUUCCCCGGCCACGCAUUCCCAGGGAGUGAGGCCCCAGUAGGGCAAAGCCCUUGUUCACUGCUGCUGCCCAUGCCCAGCCCUGACUCAUGGAUGCGGGCGGAAGGAGCAGGGGCUGGGCCAUGCAAGAUGUUCCAGGCCCGGGUAUGUCAGGGCAGCCUGAGAGCCCCCUUCAGCUCAGCCUCCUGCUCGGGGGUGUGUCUCUCCCUAGUGCCCUUUUCUUUGCAGAGGCCAUGCACACAAACUGUGCACAGGGGUCUCCCCACCUGCCAGGGACGUGCAGCUACCUCUGGGGUGGCAUGCAGCCGUUCUUUAACCCCGGUGCAGCUGGAGAGGGUGGGAAGUGAAAGACACUGUGCCCAGCUGACGUUGCAGGGUGGGACGGAUUUGAAAUUGGUGGAAUUUAGCCCAAUAAGGAAAUUCAAGGGAAAGACAGGCAGGUUUCGUAACCAAGCAGAGACCCCGCUGAGAGGAGACGGCUCCACCUUCGGAAGAUCCCCCGCGGAGGGCCCCUCCGGCUGGGCAAGCCAGGCCUGGACUGCUUGGGGUGCAAGGGAAGUGCUGGCCGCCCUGCUCUGCGAGCUGAUUCCACGGGCGGUGACUCAGGGCUGUGCCCCCGGCCCCUGGGCAGCGCAGAGGAGCCCCCGGGCAAAGGGGCAGCAAGUGCCUUAGAUUUUUUACAGACUUCCACCCUGGUGCCAUCGAUGCGGCGCUGCUCUUGCCCCUGGAGCGGGGCGGGCAUGACGUGCCCUGGGCGCUGUGAGCUGGACUGGCAGCGGGAGCCCAGCGCUGCGAAGGAGGCAGAGAGCGACUCUGGAGACGCAGCGGCUGGGGGCUGUGCCUUGUUCCAGGAGCGCUGCCCCCUUCCCCCACGUCUGUACCCAUCUCUCAGGCCCCUGGUUUUCCCGGGCCUGGUGACCUCGCUUGGCUGCAACCCGGUGAAGUGCCUUUCACCCCAGCGACCUCCAGAGCUCUCUGCGAAGGCAAGGGGAGCCAGAGGGUGGAUCAGCCUGGCCUGUGGCCCCCCACCGAGAACUGACAGCUCGGGGAACUUGACCGGCUCCAGCACACCCUUGGAAACCCCCAGCUCUGGCUCCUCUCCUGACCCCUCCUCUAGCCACGAGGCCCCGGGGAUGGACUGGCUGCAAGGGCUGGAACGGGGCUGCCAGCAAGGCCCAGAGGAAGCUACACUUUGGAUGGAAUUGUGCUGGGAAAUUGGAGAUUGCUUUGAGCCCAGCCCCAGGCCCCCUGGGAAAGGCCAGCGGCUGCAGGCUCCCCCCCACCACGGCCCUGGACACCGGAGAAGCAGUGGCAGGACCCGAGGGAGGGAGUCGAGCCUGGAGUUUGCUGAGGAGCCUGCCCCGUGGCUCCCGUGCGCAGGGCCUGGUGCUGAGCUCGCUGCUGGGACCUCCGGAGGCUGCUUUGGGCUGGAGGGAGCAGGCGAGGACCCCAAGAAGGACUGGGGAGCUGCAGCCUCCUCUCAUGGAGAGACCAGCAGCCCCAUGCUGCUCUGGGAGAGGACAUGGACUGGGCAGCGUGUCCCUGCCCCGUACAGCCAGGCUGGCUCCCCGUGUGUCGUGGACGGGCCCAGGGCUGCCUGGUGCCCGCCUGCCUUGUUCUCAGGCCGUGCCAUGAUGCUCGUGAACAGUCAAGCCCCAGCGCACUGGAGAACUGCGUGCCUCCACCAACCACUGUCUCCCUUUCCCCGGGCAUGCCCUGCAUGCUGCCCCCGACUCCCAGCUGUGCCCCAUCCCCGCCUUGGGGAGAUCCCACCCGUCAGCACAGGGCAUGCCGUGGGCACCACUGGCCUUCCCAGGGCCUGCGGAUCUUUCCCACCCUCCCUGCUGCCUGCAGCCAGACUGCUCUGCGUGUGGCCGCAGGGCCUGCUCUGCACAGCUGGGGCGGGAGCUGGCCGCGCUGGGUAGCUGGAGACGGAGCCCUGUGGCAGAGCCAGCCAGGUGCCCCUGGCCGCGCUGAAUGAGACCUCCAGCACCUCUAGGCUGGAAGCUGCUGCUGCGGAGGAAGCUGGGUGCCCCUCUCACCCCGAUGCCGCUGCCCAGGGACGGCACUGCCUAGAAGCAGGAGGCCCGCUGGGUUGGCAGGGAGGGGCUCUGUCCCUGGCGUGUUUCCCAGGCCCCUGCCCAUGCAGCCCCCUCGCUCUGUCUGACUCGUGGGCCCAGCUGCACCCAGAUCUCUGUUGUUUGCUGUGGAUUCACCUUUUUAAAUAAAGGGUUGCUGGUACGA